CCCUCCUUUCUACAGUAGUUUUCUCAAUACUUACUCUGCUAUACACUUUCUCUGGAAGUCUUAUUAGAUGCAAAAUCGGAUCAAGUUCAAAAGUUGAAAAAAGCUAGAGAGUGUGUUUGAGUGUCAGUUUUCCGGUGAUAUUAUGGAGAUGUUUAGCUACCUCAAAAUUUUCAGAGAGAUUCUACUUUAGCGUCCCUUCCUUUGGAAGAAAAUUGCAGGUUUAUAAUUUAGUGAUAAAUUCAGAGGUUCAUAUGCUGAAUCUUCAUCCUAAUAUUGUCAGGGUAUUUAUUUUAUGUAUUCCAGGUAUCAGAGAAAUUUUUGGCACAAGUGAUGGGUCUGCUUGUGUCAUCCCACUACCGUAACACACCAGAUGACCUGCAGAUACUGUCAGAUGCUCCAGCACACCACCUCUUUGUGUUGCUGCCACCACAAGAUGAAACAAAGGGGGAUUCUCUACCACCAGUUAUCUCUGUUGUUCAGGUGGCACUAGAAGGAAAAAUCUCCAAGUCUUCUGUGAUGUCUGCCUUGACCCAAGGAGAGAAGCCUGCUGGAGACCUUAUCCCCUGGACCAUCAGUAAUCAGUUCCAGAACUAUGAUUUCCCACAGUUGUCUGGAGCUCGCAUUGUUCGCAUUGCUACUCAUCCUACUUUACAGGGACGAGGUUAUGGCAGCCAUGCAUUAUCACAGCUGAACGACUACUACACCCGUGCAGCAGUGCAUGCAGAUUACACUGAUACGCCAAUGCCAGAGGCAACGCUUACCAACUUAGUACAUGAUGGUCAGGUUGGCCUGCUGGAGGAGAAAUUAGGGCCAAAUGCACAGGCCUUGCCCUUGCUACAGUCAUUGUCAGAACGACCAUCCGAAGCAUUGCAUUACCUUGGCGUGUCAUACGGUGCUACUCAACAACUCCUCACAUUCUGGAAACGUGCUGGGUUCUCCCCUUUAUAUCUCAGUCAGGUGUCAAACAGUGUGACUGGGGAACACACAGUCAUUAUGCUCAAAGUUUUAGGAGAGAAUAAAGAAGCUCGGGCAGAGUCAUGGCUGGCCGACCUUUGUUUCGACUUCAGAAAGAGACUUGUUACUCUUCUGGGAUGUUCUUUUAAGAGUUAUGACUGUAAAUUUGCACUGAAUAUCUUAACCAACAACAUUUACAAGAUUAAAGGAGAAGUCCCGAGCUUGUCUGAACUAGACUUACAUCUUACUUCUGGAGACUUGCACCGGCUGGAGGAGUUUGUACGGCACCAGUGUGACGCGGCCCUCAUAGCUGACAUUGUGCCUGCCUUAGCUCGUCUCUACUUCCUCAAGAAGAUACCAGAUUUUAAACUGAAGCCUGUGCAAGCUGCCAUUCUGUGUGGUACUGGAGUCCAGAGGAAGUCAGCCCAGACAGUUGCAUCAGAGCUUGGUGUGGAGCGAAGCAUUGUCAUGAGCCAGAUGCACGGCCUUAUUACUGACCUCACAAAACAGAUGAAAAGAGUGCGAGAGAUUGCUGAGAAAAAGAGCCUGGAGAACUCUGAGGAAGAUCUCGUAGUGGAACAAUGUGUUAUGGAAGACCUUACCCUCAGUAUCAAGGAGAGUGCUCAGAAAAUGAAAGCUCAAGAAGCAGAUGCCAGAAAGAAGGUAACUCAACUCAUUGACGUUACUCAGUUUGGGAUCAAGACCAAAGAACAGGAGGUGAAGGCUCUAAGUGACAGCAAGAAGAGGAAUAAAUUGGUAAAAGAAGAGAAGAAGAAAAAAUUGAAACUUACUUAAUUACUGUACAGUACUUGUACUUGAAAAUUUCAAAGAUGUAUUAUAUAUAUUUAUAAUAAAUUUAAUUGUUCUUGUUAAU